CUCUCUCACAUUCCAUCUCCUCCUUAUCAGACUCUUACCAAAACCCUCACAAUGCGUUCCACCCUCCGCCUCCUCGCCGUCCCCUCCUCAGUAGGAACCCAAUCCUCCGGCCUCCGCCCCGUCCCCCUCGCCCUCCUCCCUCCAAUCCCCCUCUACCGACGCCUCCUCCGCUCCCACCGCAAACACCUCCCCCGCGAAAUGCGCUUGUUGGGUGACGAAUACGUCAAAGCGGAGUUCCGCGCCCACCGCUCCAUCGACAAUCCAGUCCACAUCGUAGGCUUCCUCACCGAGUGGCAGAUGUACGCCCAACAAGUGGAAGGAGAAGCGUGGAGGGGUGAAAAGAUGGAUAAGGGAAAGGUGGAUAAGAUGUCUGAUCAGCAGAUUGGGCAGUUGUAUGAGUUGAUGCAGACGAUCAGGGAGCAGGAGUUGGAGGAGAAUGAUCCGGAGUAUGUUAGUGGGAAGGCGCCGCCGCCGCCGGAGCCGCAGGGAGGGAAGGGGAAAGAGUGAAUUGCACGAGGGUUUUCGGUGGAAGGGAGGGGUCAGGUGG